UGAGUGAACGAUGUUUCGAUUCUGGGCAAUAGGAGCCCUACUCUUAUGCAUUAUAUGCAAUUCUGAUGCUGUGCCCUGCAACACUCCAAAUCAUUGUGUUGCGGGUGGAACUUGCAAAAAUAAAGUAAUAGGAACCUGUUUUUUCAGUGAAGAAUGUUGUGCGCCUGCGAUCGGGUGGCCACAAGUCACGCAAAACGGCCUGUUAGAAGGCCCACAAAGUAAACCAACCGUUCCUUGGAAUCCGAACCCUGAACCACAAGAGCAUGCGAACCCAAUCAAACCCAACUUUCCACCCGGCUCCCUUAACUCUAACCAAGUCCCUCAAAUCCAACAACACGUCUUAAAGAAUUCGAGCCCAGAACCACCUGGGCAAGAUUUCUUACAACCUGUCAUAUUUGAACCGAACCCUGAACAGCCAGAGUUUGUUACCCCAGAACCAACGAAGUCUCCGAACCCAGAACCACCGAACAAUCAGAUCCCAGACGAACGAAGAGAUCAGCGUAAUCCAGCUCCACCAAGUCAACAACCGAAGCUGAAUGAUCCUUAUGACGAAUAUUGCGGGUGGAGCAAUCGAAACCAAUUAUUUGCGAGUGAGCCAGUGCCUGUAAGGCAUCAAUAUCCCUGGACCAUCGCUCUUUUCAACCAUGGUAACUACUUCGCAAGCGGAUCCCUAGUUUCCCCUGGAGUUGUCGUGACAGUAGCUCAUCUUAUAAACACGACGAACAUUGUGGCCAGAGCUGGCGAUUAUGACUUUUUAUUGCGCGUGGAGCAGUUCCCACCGGAUGAGCGUCAUGUGGCCAGGAUCCAGAUCCACGACAACUAUCAACCACAGAAUGGGGCCAAUAACAUAGCCCUUCUAUUUCUGGAGUCGCCGUUCACAUUGAGAACUCACAUCCGGACCAUAUGCCUACCUCAGCAGUACAAAUCCUUCGACAGCAAGCGCUGCGUGACUGCCGGAUGGAGCAAGUUUUCGGAUAUGAAACUCCAAGAUUCCGAUGUUCAAGCACAAAAGGAACUGACAGUAGCCCAAAAAGACUGCCAGAAUAUAUUCAAGGGAAACUAUCAGCGGCCCGGGGGCCUAAUUUGUACCGCCGGAGUGGGGGACGAUAAUGCCUGCACUGUCGAUAGCGGAUCCCCUUUGUUCUGUCCACUGGAGAACCAACCGCAUCGCUACGAGCUAGCUGGUAUUUCCAGCCGGAACUAUGGAUGUGGUCAAGAAAGGGUAGUUUCAUUGUUCACUGACGUGGCCGAGUUGUCGGGUUGGAUUAAGGGGCAGCUGCAGCAAGGUGUGGAGGGAAACCCCGGCAAAAUCACUCCAAAGAUGGGAUAAUAAAUAACUGAAUAAUGUUUUGUCAGCUGAAAUCACUUUUCGCUAAUGGGUUAAUAAAAUGUAUCCAUGAUUAAAAGUA